GUUAACGGAACAAAGGGCAGCCCGGAAUCUUCCGGCUACAGGCCAAACCUGCUGCCCUGCAACGGCCACUAUUCCAUCAUGCGAGUGACGAUCCGACGGCUCUGAUUUGCCCCCGAUUCCAGUCUCCAGAUUUGAAUCUCCUACUAAUUGCCUUCGCUCACAGUUACUCGAGCUGGCUGCGUCUGCGAAGAAAUGGCAUCUGGUUCGUCGUCGGGAACAGAGAAGAAGAAGGAGAAGGAAGAGGACGAUAAUGGGAAGCCCUUGGAAGAACUGGCCAAGCAGAAGGGGAGGAAACAAGGAUUGGGAUGGAUUGAAUGGAUGAUGGGGUGGUUUUAUCUGGUUUACGAGAUGCUCUUCCAGAGGAUCAUCGCAAGUAAUUUGCCAAAUCCAAUGCCUCUCCCGCCGAUCAACGACCUUACUUUCAUCGUCACCGGCUCCACUUCCGGCAUCGGCAAGGAAAUCGCCAGGCAACUGGCUGAAGCAGGUGGGCAUGUUGUGAUGGCAGUCAGAAACCCGAAGGCAGCUAAUGACUUGAUAAAGAAGUGGCAAGAAAGUUGGUCGGGAAGGGGUCUUCCUCUUAACAUUGAGGUCAUGGAACUUGAUCUUAACUCUAUGGAUUCUGUUGUGAGAUUCGCUGAAUCUUGGAAUGCUCGUUCGGGACCUCUUCAUGCUCUCAUCAAUAAUGCUGGAAUAUUUUCAAUUGGAGAACCACAAAAAUUUUCAAAGGAUGGCUAUGAAGAACACAUGCAAGUGAACCAUCUAGCUCCAGCACUGCUUUCGGUGUUGCUUUUGCCUUCCCUUAUUAGAAGCUCACCAAGUCGCAUUGUCAAUGUGAAUUCUGUUAUGCAUUACUUAGGGUUUGUUGAUCCAGAUGAUAUGAAUGUUACAUCCGGGAAAAGAAAAUUUACGAGUAUGGCGGGAUACUCAAGCAGUAAACUAGCACAGGUCAUGUUCAGUAGUAUCCUUAACAAGAGACUGCCAGCUGAAGCAGGCAUAAAUGUAGUUUGUGUUUCGCCUGGAAUAGUCCACACCAAUGUCGCUAGGGAUCUUCCAAAGAUUGUUCAAGCUGGUUACCGUUUAAUACCUUAUUUUAUAUUCAGCCCUGAAGAAGGCUCAAGGAGUGCCCUUUUUGCGGCCACUGAUCCUCAAAUUGUGGAUUACUGUGAUUCACUAAGAGCCGACAAUUGGCCAGUCUGCGCCUUCAUCAACCACGACUGCCGCCCUGCAAACCCCUCGGAAGAAGCCCACAAUGCGGAAACUGCUUACAGAGUGUGGGACAAGACACUAGAGCUGAUUGGCCUCCCGGCAGACGCCAUCGAAAAGCUCAUAGAAGGCGAAGAAGUUAAAUGCAAAUUCGGUGCUCAUCAUUAGCUGCCACAUUUUCCUUUUACCAUUACUAAUCUUUCACUGAUACCAUCAAGUCAAGACGAUGGGAAAAGCUUCUCUACAAUGUCACAGGUUUUUUUAAACUCCCCUAAUGUUUUCUGGUAAUCGAAUCCGCGCCAUUGCAGCUGCAGCAGAAUGAUGAAUCCUCUUUGUGUGAUUGUUCGAUACGAGCUGAUGCCGCUGGAUUUAUACAGCCAGGCUAUACUUAAUUGAAGUUAUUUCUAUGGCGGCGUGUUCUUUUUUUUUUUUUCUUUUUCUUGUGUUGCUUAUUACUGCUACGGAUUCGGGGAUGCUUCUGUAGGAAAUAUUUGCUCCUCCUGAUUCGGACUUAGAGAUAAUUUUUGUUUAUUUCUUUCUUGAUUCGAUUGUUUUGGAGUUUAGAUGAUCACUAGUCAUAUAAUACUCCAUGCAAUGUUGGUGCUUGUUUUGUAUUGUUAGUUGAAAAUGUUAGAAUUGCAUUGCUACAA